AAGGGGAAGAGCACGGUGGUGUGGUUUCACUGUGUUUCUGUUCCUCUCCACCGCUUUUCUCUCUCUGUCUUUUGGACCCCAUCUUCUGUGAGGCAGGAAUUUAUCAUUUUUUCCAAUAAGGAGCAGGGCCUGGACCUGCGGCAGUAGUCAGCAGUCAUGAACUGGUCGGCGCUGGAGGCUCUCCUGAGCGGGGUCAACAAGUACUCCACCGCCUUCGGCCGCGUCUGGCUCUCCAUGGUCUUCGUCUUCCGCGUGCUGGUCUUCGUGGUGGCGGCGCAGCGCGUCUGGGGCGACGAGAACAAGGACUUUGUCUGCAACACCCGCCAGCCGGGCUGCAGCAACGUGUGCUACGACCACUUCUUCCCCAUCUCCCACAUCCGCCUGUGGGCGCUGCAGCUCAUCUUCGUCACCUGCCCCUCGCUCAUGGUGACGGCGCACGUCAAGUACCGCGAGGAGCGGGACAAGAAGUACAUCACCACGCACACCGACGGCUCGCACCUGUACGCCAACCCGGGCAAGAAGCGCGGCGGCCUGUGGUGGACCUACAUGCUCAGCCUGAUCCUCAAGGCGGGCUUGGACGCCGGCUUCCUCUACAUCCUGCACCACGUGUAUGACAGCUACGACAUGCCGCGGCUGGUCAAGUGCGCCAACCUGGAGCCGUGUCCCAACGUGGUGGACUGCUACAUCUCCCGGCCCACGGAGAAGCGCAUCUUCACCCUCUUCAUGGUGGUCUCCUCGGCCGUCUGCAUCUUCAUGUGCAUCUGCGAGAUGGUCUACCUGAUCUUCAAGAGGAUCGUGAAGCUCUUCCGGGUGCGGCACGCCGACGACAGGAGGCACUUCGCCCAGACGCACGAGCUGGCCGAGCUGGCGCCGCCGCGGUCGCAGUACCGCCGGGUGGACCCCACGCUGGCCAGCACCCAGAACCUCACCAAGGAGAAGGCAGACCGGAUGGCCACCUCCAAGGUUUAGGACUCGGGCCUCGGUCGGCCAAAAGACUUCUUUACAUUGCAUUAUGCAUAGCAGAUUUUACCCAAAGUGACUUAGGCUGGCCACUUCUAAGGCCUAGGCCUCAGUCGACCAAAACAUCGAAGACUUCUUUACAAGAUAUUACAUUACAUAUUACAGCAGAUUCUUUCAUGCAAAGUGACUUAAAGUUUUUGUUUGUUUGUCAAAGUGACUUAGUUACUUAGGUACAGGGUAUUGGGUACAGUUCCUGGAGCAAUAUGGGGAUAGAGGCCUUGCUCAAGGGCACUUCAGUUAUGGAGGCGGAGGACGCUUACCACAUUCUUACAACUUGUUUGGGAUUGAAACCUACCAAGACCAAGACCAACUCUCUAGUCUGUAUAGGCUAGGGCUACCACCAGCCCCCCACUCACACACACACCAUGCACUGACUUAUUUAACUGGUGGAAGGCUGGAGUCUAUGGACUUGACAAGGCUUUGCAGACAUGCACUUCACACCUCUUGUGUUUACAUGUUUCACACAAGCCUUAAUUUAAGAUUGUGUAAUUUCCCACUCAAUUUUGUGGAAAUGAAAUCCAAUUCCCAUUUGAA